GGAAAACAGUGUAGCCCUUUUUAACACAAUCCAAUUCCAAUAAGCUGUUAUCGGUGAUUGUAAAUGGAAAGUAAAACGCUGGUGAUUCAAGGAUGUCUUUCUGUAUUCGGAGGAAUUCUGCUGCACCUUACGUUUGGUUACUUUUAUACUAUAUCGAACAUGAUUCCUUACAUCAUGGAUUAUUUGAGAAUGUACGUCGAUGCCAGUUUGUCAGAUAAGGAUGCGAUAUGGUUAUCAGCUCUUGGGUUUUGCAUGCAAGGCUUUUCAAUGCCAGCUGGUGGGGCAGUUGCCAAAAAAUUGGGAUUUAGAGUUGUUGUUGCCACAAGUUGUUUAUUUUUAAGGAUUCGGUGACAGUACUAGUCCAGCAUGUGUUAAGACUUUUUGAAUGCAUCCAUUAUAUUGGGAUUCUAAUACCUGAAGUAUAAACAGUGGCAACAGAAAGAUUAAAGUAGGCAGUGAAUUCAAAGUUAGCCAUCAAGUUUAUUUUCCAUGACUCUGAAAAAUAAAUUAUCAGUGUAUGCAGUCUUUUCAAUUACAGCAUGUGACCAACUUAUCUUGAAACACCUCUCAUUUGCUAUGCAUGAAUAUGAAGAACAAGAUAUACAUACAUAUUUUUUUUGCAUUGAAUA